AUGGAGCAUGGCGCGUGCAAUGUGAUAUACAUUGACCGGCGGGCGAACGACGAACACGUCAAGAGGGAGACGCUGUCCAGUUCUCUCGUCGCGAGGACGAGUACCGGGAACGUGAACCAGGGCUACUUCGGCCUCGGAAAGGCGCCACCCGUAGAGGUCCAUACCAACGUGGAGAGUAUUCUCUCGACGUUCAAUGAAGUUCACAUUUGCGGCUCUGGAGGCUCCUGCCUCACUAAGAUAUCCCAGCUCCUCGAGUCGACCAAAGGCAAUACACCCACCAUUAUUCUAAUAGACGUGCCCUACGACGAAGAGCAAAGAUUGAAAAGGCUCUCGCGCGAACCUCGCACGCCCUCCCCGACAUCCACACGAAUCGCGCGAAUAGAUACAAGCGAGCCCGACGACAUCUACGGCAUGCACCUGCUCACCCAUGUUUCGUCCGAAAUCGCAUCGAAGAACUUCUCCAGGCUUCUUGUCCCUGUCGUAAUAUUAAGUGGACUGGAUCGCGAAUGGGCUUCGAGCACUCUCCCGUCACCCAGCGUUCACGGUUCGCAAGUCCUCACCGAUACUGUUCGCCUGGUCCGCUAUCUGGAUGCCGGCGCUGUCGACGUCUUGGCGAGUCCGCUGUCAAAGGAUAGUGUGCAGGGCUUGCUGGUCCAUGCUUAUCGGGUACAUAAAGAGGUGGCUCGUGAAGAGGCUGGCUUUCUGACAACUAAGAGGAACAGGAAGCUGUCUUGGGUUGGCGUUAACGAUGCAAAGCCGUAUGCGUACCUGCGCGAAGCCAUGGUAUCGACUUUGAUGAGCGGCAUCUGCAAUCCAGAGACAGUCGGUGAUUCGCAAGAUUCUAAGGACAUCUACGUCGCCGAAGACCGAAGAGAGGUCAUUGCCAAAGCUAUUGGUACCUGGGCAUUUUCCGCCCAUGACUUUACCGACGACGAGCUUCUCUACGGCGCACUGCUCAUUCUCAAGCACGCUCUUGCGAUGCCCGAAUUGGAGCAUUGGGGCAUGCCUGACGAUGAACUAAUUGUCUUCCUCCUUGCAAGCCGUACAGCAUACAAUGAGUUUGUUCUCUACCACAAUUUCCGCCAUGUCGUCGACGUCCUACAAGCGCUGUUCCACUUCCUCGUACAGAUCGGCACGUUACCUGCGUAUCCCGCAGAAACCACCAAACCGGAGGCUAAGCCGAAAUCGCCAAUAGCGACGUUGUUGAAGCCUCUCGAUGGUCUCACCCUCUUGAUCUCUGCCAUCGGACACGAUGUCGGUCAUCCUGGUGUCAACAACGCCUUCCUCGUUGCGCUUAAUGCUCCGCUUGCGCAGCUUUAUAACGACCGCUCCGUACUCGAAUCGUUCCAUUGCGCCGCGUACUCUCAGAUUCUGCGACGCUACUGGCCUAAAGCAUUCUCGGACUCUGGAAUGAGAAAGUUGAUGAUCAACAGUAUCCUGGCAACGGACAUGGGCUUACAUUUCAAGUACAUGACAGAUCUGGGCAACUUGCAGGAGAAGAUUGCGCACGACAAGGGCGUUGAUGGCUGGAGUGGCAAAGUCCGUGAAGAGAACAAGGACUUAACAUGCGGGCUUCUGAUCAAAUGUGCUGAUAUCAGCAACGUCGCGCGAAAGUUCGAGACUGCUGCCCGGUGGGCCAACAUCUUGACUGACGAAUUCAGCAAUCAAGGUGUUAUGGAACAAGAAUUGCAGGUGCCUUCGUGCCUGUUUGGCGGCCCCCCUGUUCGAGACGAUAUCAUCAAGCUUGGAGAGUCCCAGAUUGGCUUCAUGAACAUCUUCGCGAGACCGCUCUUUGAAGCCGUCGCCGAUAUACUGCCAUGUAUGCGCUACAUCGUCGAAGAAAUUCUCUCCAACAAAGCUAUUUGGGAUAAGAAGAUUGAGGAAGAGCGGGAAAAAAGGAGAAAACCGAACCUGUCGUUAGGCCUCCUGUCUCCUUCGUUUGGCGUGGAUCCGACGCCAAGUCCAUUCUCUGGAGGUCCCGCGAGGCUAACUACCGAUGGGCCGGCUGUGCAGCUCGGUCGCCCGAUCCAUAGCCCCACCCAGGUCACCAGCAUGGAGGACGUAGCCCGCCGCGGUUCUAGCGGCUCCUUCCAAGGUGCCUUGUCAAAUUCGCGGCGGUCAUCCUCAGGCGUUGACAAAGGAUCACGACGCUCUUCUGCUGGGCUUCUUGGAUCCCGCGAAAAUCAAAGUCAGUCCAGGCGAGGGAGCGGAGAUGCCAGCUUGACCGCUAUUCUUGUUACCCAAACCCCAAACGCAUCCGACGCGCCGGGGCCGGAACACAAUUCAAAUUCCAGAAAUCGCUCGAAGUCACCAGGAAACCGGAAGGAUACUUUAACGAGGUCGUCCCCAAAAAAGGAAAAGCAAGGUGCUCGACCAGUAACGGCACCUUCACCAGCCAGGCGUAGUCAGGGUAAGCGUUCAAGCCCGAGUGACCCCUCUUACUAUCUUUCCUCGCGGCCUGUAGGCGUCGGUCCUGACUUUGAUUCAGCCACCAAUCUCUUUCCAAUGCCGCACUCAACUUCGCAAAGUCACUCCGAGGUUGAUCUCUCUCACACGGCCAACGGCAAUGCGGACGGCUCCAAGCUGCAACAAUGGGAGACUAGCAAAUUGAGUGCCGACAGCAACAUGUCCCGAUCGGAUGCGUCACGCGAUUCCCCACGAAGAAACGAGUGGUGGCGGCAAAUGAGCUCUCGUCGGCGUACACGAGACCUGAGAAAUGGGGACGCUGAAACGCGGGGCCCGCAGAAGGAGAUGCUGCUGGACCCUACAUUAUCCAAUUCGACUUCAGAGGCAAACUCUCCUACCGCUACCAGCCCAGGUAGAGCCAGCCGGGCCGGAAAGCUAAAGAGCUUCUUCAAGCGGAGACCACGGAGCAACAACGAUCACGAGAAGCAGCUUUCGAGUUUUGGGAGCUCUUCCCAGCUGCGAACGCCUCCCACGAGCGACCCGGGUCAGUCCGUCAACAGCGAUGAUUGA